ACUUGAAACAUCAAAUUUGUAGCCUAUGAGGCUUCUCAUAGCAAUCGAGUUGUAUCAAAAGCAACUACUAUUCGUUCUGCAAAUUAAGAAUUUGCAUAUGAAAGUUGGCCUUAAUGCAGAUUAUGCAGUAACUUCAUGACCAAGAACUUUCCUAAUCCUAACCAGAAAGACAACAAACAAGAACCACUGGGGGGCCAUGAGGAAGAGUCCCAUAAUAGGUUCUCCCGACGAAGAAGGCGGAAGACCCGGAUCCGGAUUUCCAUUUCUUACCCAUACUUGAGGCUCAAUUUGGAUUUUGUAAGGGAUACCAUGUGCUCCUCUGCAGCAUUAUACAGACGUGUGAAGUAUUUAGGCAAGGUUGUCACAAGUGAGAGUACGUGUGUACUUGAAAAUAGCAUGACUCACCACUAACCAAAAAACCAGCAGAAGUUACAGAGCCUCUAGCGCAUGGUUUCUCCAAUAUCUUAUUCUACAACUUGCUUUCACGCUCCUCUAUAAAAGCUCGACCAAGUUAUCAUGUUUGCUCGAACCAUACUUCAUAGCUUUGAUUAGCAUCGAGCAUAAGAGAACUUCACAUCUCUGAUUCCAGUAAAAGAUCAAGAUCAUCAACAAUAUGAGUUCUUCAUCGUCAGUCGCCAACAGGGCUUGGAUAGUGGCAGCAAGCGUAGGAGUAGUUGAGGCCUUGCAAAAAGACCAAUUAGGGAUGUGUAAGUGGAGCCAAACUAUGAGAUUGAUGCGGCAACAUGCCAAGACCCACCUCAGGUCUUAUUCUCAGGCUCACUCCAAACUCUCUUCCUCAUACUCAGCUUUGAGUUCAGAUGACAAGGCCAAGCAAUCUGAGGAGUCUCUCAGAAAAGUCAUGUACCUCAGCUGCUGGGGUCCCAAUUGA